AGGAGACGAGAAGCUACAGAUACCAAUUAGUUAUACUCUCCCCUUCAUCGGCGGAAAAUCAGAUAUGGCGACGGUUUUCAGAAUCGGUGACGGUUUAUUCUCCCUCAUCUCCUUAAAACUACUCUUCUUGUUUGUUGGAGCUGUUGUUUGCCUUCCCGGCCGCGGCUCGCCGUCGCCGUUGCUCGACGGUGGUCAUCAACACAAUAUUUCGACUAAUACGUCGGCGUUCAAUCGUCGUAGCUUCCCGCCGGGCUUUCUCUUUGGGACUGCGUCGUCUGCUUAUCAGUAUGAAGGUGCGGCAGCGGAAGGUGGGAGAGGACCCAGCAUUUGGGAUACUUUCACUAAGAUUCCAGGUAAAAUUAGCGACGGUAGCACUGGGGACAUUGCGGUUGAUUCGUAUCACCGUUACAAGGAGGAUGUUAAAAUCAUGAAGAACAUGGGUUUAGAUGCCUACAGGUUUUCAAUAUCUUGGUCUCGAAUAUUACCUAAUGGAAAAGUGAGUGGUGGUGUUAAUCAAGAAGGAGUCGCGUAUUACAACAACCUCAUCAACGAACUCCUGGCUAACGGCAUAAAACCUUUCGUAACCCUCUUCCAUUGGGACCUUCCUCAAGCUUUGGAAGAUGAAUACGAGGGCUUCCUCAGCCCUAAAAUAGCGGACGAUUUCGCUGCAUACUCUAAUGUUUGUUUCAAACUAUUCGGGGAUCGAGUUAAGCAUUGGAUCACACUGAACGAACCACUCACCUACACCCAAACCGGUUACGUGACGGGAGACUUCGCCCCGGGUCAUUGCUCGAAAUCGGUCAAUAGUAACUGCACCAAGGGCGACUCCGCGACAGAACCGUACUUGGUAACACACAACCAGCUUCUUGCUCAUGCGGCCGCCGUGAAGGUGUACAGAGAGAAGUACAAGGCAAACCAAAAGGGGAUGAUAGGGAUUACACUAGUGUCAUCUUGGUAUGUCCCCUUCUCUCAGUCCAAACAUGACCAUGAGGCUCAACAACGCGCACUCGACUUCUCGUAUGGAUGGUUUUUGGACCCGUUGAUUAGAGGGGAGUACCCUAAAUCCAUGAGGACCCUCGUAGGGAACCGAUUGCCCAAGUUUUCCGAGGAGGAAUCGAAGCUAGUGAAUGGCUCACUUGAUUUUCUUGGGUUGAACUAUUACACGUCUAGCUAUGCAGCCAAUGUGAAUCCAGUCAACUCCCUGAAUGCGACCUACUUGACAGACUCUAGAGCCAAGCUCUCCAGCGAAAGGAAUGGGGAACCCAUUGGCCCUCAGGCUGCUUCCAAGUGGCUGUACAUUUACCCAAAUGGGAUCGAAGAGCUUGUAAUGUACACGAAGGAGAAGUACAAUAACCCACUUAUUUACAUUACUGAAAACGGUGUGGAUGAGGUAAAUAAUGAGGGUUUGAGCUUGGAGCAUGCUCUUGCCGAUGAAACCAGGAUUUAUUACUAUCACCAACAUCUUGCUUCCCUCAACAAAGCAAUCAAGAGAGGAGCGAAUGUUAAAGGAUACUUUGCGUGGUCGUUGCUCGACAAUUUCGAAUGGGCAUCGGGGUACACAGUCCGAUUUGGAAUCAAUUAUGUGGAUUACAAAGACGGGUUGAAAAGAUAUCCUAAACAUUCUGCACGUUGGUUCAGAAACUUCCUGAAAAAAGAAUAGGGUUAGUAAUAUAUACCCUAAAUUCAUUAUGUCUAUUCUGUAAAAAAAUAAAGAUAGGCAAUCAAGUACAUUGAAUAAACUUUCGUAUGAUUAAAAUGAAUGAGAUUAUAUGAUUAUUUGUGUGAGUGUG